AUGGAACAAAGAGGAUGCGGUGAACGGAGGGAGAGACGGCAGUGGGUCGCUAUCUUAGUUGCUUUCAUUUUGUUGAGGAGCGGGGCUUCGGCGCAAAUACGAUACUCCAUUUCUGAGGAACUGAAAGAAGGAACUGUCGUGGGGAAUAUAGCGAAGGAUUUGGGUCUAGAUCUGAGCACCUUGAAACAGAGAGGAUUUAGAAUAGUUUCUGGAUCAACAGAGCCCCUGUUUCAAGUGAAUCAGAACGAUGGUAUGCUGUACGUGAAUCGAAAAAUAGACAGAGAAGAGGUUUGCAAGGAAAGCAACGUCUGUUUGAUAAACCUAAAAACAGUGCUUGAAAAUCCACUGGAGAUCCACUAUGUUACUGUGGAGGUGCUGGAUGUGAACGACCACUCACCCAGCUUCCCUGAGAAGGAGAAACGUUUAGAGAUUUCAGAAUCAUCUUCACCUGGAGCGCGCUUUCAGCUUCAAGCUGCACGCGACCCAGACGGUGGCAUGUAUUCAAUUCAACAGUACAAACUCAGUCAUAACGAUCAUUUUCGUUUAGAAGUUAAAGAUCGAGGUGAGGAUGGUAAAAUUCCGUUUUUGCAUUUACAGAAGCCACUAGAUAAGGAAACCAAGAGAAGCCAUACGUUGCUUCUUACUGCUUUUGAUGGAGGAAAACCUGCACGGUCUGGGACAGCCAACAUAAUUGUGGAAGUUUUAGACGUAAAUGAUAACAUACCUGUUUUCACUCAAGAUUCAUAUUCGGUUAUGCUUGAUGAAAAUGCUCCCAUUGGCACUACAAUUAUACGAGUAAAUGCCACCGAUUUAGAUGAUGGUGUAAAUGGUGAGGUCAUUUAUUCUUUUGGAAGCGAUGUCAAUGAUAACUUACGUAGGCUUUUUGAUGUAGACGCCAAGACAGGUGAAAUACUUGUCAAAGGGCCAAUAGACUUUGAGUUGAAAGAUCGUUAUGCAAUAGAUAUUCAGGCAUCCGACAAGGGACCGGCCCCCUUUACUGUUGAUAAAAGUGUCAUUAUAAAGAUAGUUGAUCUUAAUGACAACGCACCUGAGAUAGAAGUAACAUCGUUUUCCAGCAUAGUUGCCGAGAAUUCCCGUCUAGGAACUACAGUAGCGUUAAUCAGUGUUAACGAUUUAGAUUCUGGUCUCAACGGGAAAAUAAUCUGUUCCAUCAGUGAGGAUGUCCCUUUCACGUUGACGCCAUCUUUACAGGAUAACAUGUACUCAGUGGUUACUAAUUCACCUCUGGAUAGGGAGAACAAAUCUCAGUUUGACGUAACAAUAGUUGCGAAAGACGCAGGGCAACCAGUCUUGUCAUCUGUGAAGACUAUCAGCGUCACUGUAUCAGAUGUGAAUGAUAACAGUCCAGUGUUUUCACUGAGCCCCUAUACAUUCUAUAUUACAGAAAAUAACGAGCCAGGUGUAAAGUUGUUUUCUGUCAGUGCAUCUGAUAGGGACGAGGAUGAAAAUGCACAUGUUUCUUAUAACAUUCUGAGAGAUGGUGGGGAAGAUAACACAUUAGCUUCUUUUCUGAACAUCAACUCAGAAAACGGAGAAAUAUUGGCGUUAAAAAGUUUUGACUUUGAAACAAUCAAAACAUUCCAGUUCCAAGUUUUGGCUAAAGACUCUGGAACUCCGGCGCUAAGCAGCAAUGUCACAGUGAAUGUGUUCAUUCUGGAUCAGAACGACAACGCUCCAGUGAUCUUGUAUCCAGUCAACGGUAACGGUUCUGCUGAAGGUCUGGAGGAGAUUCCCCGAAAUGUGAACGCAGGACAUUUGGUGACUAAAGUGAGAGCCUAUGACGCAGAUAUCGGAUAUAACGGCUGGAUGUUGUUUUCACUGCAGGAAGUUAGUGACCACAGUCUCUUUUCUCUGGACCGCUAUACAGGACAGAUAAGGACACUUCGGUCCUUCACAGAGACAGACGAGGCUGAACAUAAACUGGUCAUACUGGUCAAAGACAAUGGGAACGUUUCACUCUCAGCAACAGCUACAGUGAUCAUCAACGCUGUGGAGCCCAAAGAGGCUUUUGCAGCUUCUGAUGUUAAAAGCUCAGUCAAAGAGGAAGAUGAGAACAAUGGUACAUUCUAUUUGAUCAUCACUUUAGGGUCAGUUUCAACUCUUUUCCUGUUCAGCAUCAUCGUGUUGAUUGUAAUGCAGUGUUCUAAAACCCCAGAAUAUUCCUCCAAGUAUUUACAAGAGACAAACUAUGACGGGACACUUUGCCACAGCAUCCAGUACAGAUCCGGAGACAAACGGUAUAUGUUAGUUGGACCCAGAAUGAGUAUAGGUUCUACGAUAGUUCCGGGCAGCAAUGGGAAUACUCUGGUGGUCCCCAAUCACAGGAGGCGUGCGUCUGGAGAGUCUCGCCGGACGUCUAUCAGAGAAAACAACAUGAGCUGUUUGCUGGCCUAG